UCUCCUUCUCUCUCAAAGACGCGAGAGCGAAAAGGAUAAAAAGAAAGAAAUUACAUUACAAACAGCAAAAAAAAAAAAAAAAAAAAAAAAGAAAAGAAAAAGCCCCAGUCCCCAGCCGAGAUUGAAGUUUGAUCGCCAUUCUCACACGCUCCCUCUCUCUUUGCUUAGGGCAAAAUCCUAAUUAACGCUUUCUUCAUCUCACUGCAUUUGCUUCUCUGCAAACGCUUAAAAAAAAGUCAUCUGAUUAACGCUUUAUCUGAUGAUUGAUUUGCUAUGGAUUUUCAUUCCUGCUGCUAGCUUUGAUACGGAUCUGCUGUGCUUUCAGUUUCGAUCUCCUCACUGUUAAACUCGCUUUGAUUGCCAAUGGCGUUGAAGCGGGGGCUAUCCAGUGUUGGCGUCCACAGGAACAGAAGUUCUGGAUCUCGGUUCCCUAUCGUGAUUCUCGUUCUCUUCUCAGUUCUUGCUCCGCUUGUUUUCUUUGUCGGUCGUGGACUUUAUAUAUCUGAUCAAAAUAAUGUUCAAAGUGGUUAUACCAAGCAGAAUGUUGAUUGGAGGGAAAGGCUGGCGUUGCAAUCUAUCAAAAACCUUUUCACUAAAGAGGUUAUUGAUGUUGUAACUACAAGCACAGCUGAUCUGGGGCCGCUAAGUCUAGAUUCUUUCAGAAAAGGCAACUUGUCUGCAUCAUGGAAAGUUGUGGAGACAUCAGUUGAAGAUGAUGCUACUUCUCAGUCAAACCUAAAGGCUGCAGAAUUGAAACAAGAAAUGUCCAAAGAUGGAAAGCUUCUAGACGAUGAUCGAUCACCUGAUGCUCCUGCUAAAACACUUCGAAGGCAACUUAGAGAUAAUAGACGUGCAAAGCGGGCUGCUGAAUUGGUGCAACAAGAUGAUGAAGCUACUUUGAAACUUGAAAAUGCUGCCAUUGAACGAUCGAGAGCUGUGGACUCUGCUGUUUUGGGCAGAUACAAUAUAUGGAGGAGAGAAAUUGAGAAUGAGAACUCAGAUUCCACAGUGCGCUUGAUGAGGGAUCAAAUUAUAAUGGCACAGGUUUAUAUAGGCAUAGCAAAAAUGAAAAAUAAGCUUGGUUUGCAACAAGAACUGAAGAUCAGGGUCAAAGAGAGUCAGCGUGCUGUAGGCGAGUCAACAGUUGAUGCUGAUCUACCUCACAGUGCACCUGAGAAAAUUAAAACAAUGGGCAAGGUUCUAUCAAUAGCAAGAGAGCAAUUGUAUGAUUGCAAGUUGGUUACUGGAAAGCUCAGAGCAAUGCUUCAGAGAUCAGACGAACAAGUUAGGAGCUUGAAAAAACAGAGCACGUUCUUGAGUCAAUUGGCUGCCAAAACAAUUCCCAAUGCGAUCCAUUGCUUGUCUAUGCGUUUGACCAUAGAAUACUAUCUCCUUCCCUUGGAGAAGAGAAAGUUCCCUAGAAGUGAGAACUUGGAAAAUCCAAACCUCUACCAUUAUGCUCUCUUCUCUGAUAAUGUCUUGGCUGCAUCAGUUGUUGUCAACUCAACUAUCAUGAAUGCCAAGGAUCCUUCAAAACAUGUUUUCCAUCUUGUUACCGAUAAACUUAAUUUUGGAGCAAUGAACAUGUGGUUUCUGUUAAAUCCCCCUGGAAAGGCCACCAUUCAUGUUGAAAAUGUUGAUAAAUUCAAGUGGCUUAAUUCAUCCUAUUGCCCUGUUUUACGGCAGCUUGAGACUGCUGCAAUGAAGGAGUAUUACUUCAAGGCAGAUAAUCCAACCAAGUCUGCAUCUUCAAACUUGAAGUAUCGAAACCCAAAGUAUCUAUCAAUGCUGAACCACUUGCGGUUCUAUCUGCCACAAGUAUACCCCAAGUUAGAUAAGAUCCUCUUUCUUGACGAUGACAUUGUUGUCCAGAAUGACUUGACCAGAUUAUGGUCUGUGGAUCUACAUGGGAAGGUAAAUGGUGCGGUAGAAACUUGUGGUGAAAGCUUUCACCGCUUUGAUAAGUAUCUAAACUUCUCAAAUCCUCAUAUUUCACGAAACUUUGAUCCUAAUGCUUGCGGGUGGGCAUAUGGAAUGAAUAUGUUUGAUCUCAAGGAGUGGAAAAAUAGGGAUAUCACUGGCAUAUACCACAAGUGGCAAAAUAUGAAUGAAGAUAGAGCAUUGUGGAAGCUUGGGACACUCCCUCCUGGGUUGAUUACAUUUUACGGUCUCACACAUCCGCUUGAGAAAUCAUGGCAUGUACUUGGUCUUGGCUACAAUCCAAGUGUAGACAAAAAAGAAAUUGAACAUGCCGCAGUUAUCCACUACAAUGGCAACAUGAAACCCUGGCUCGAGCUGGCGAUGACCAAAUAUCGAUCAUACUGGACCAAAUACAUCAAGUAUGAUCAUCCCUACCUUCGCAGCUGCAAUCUUAGUGAGUAAACCUGAUUAAUUAAAGCAUUUCAUUUUUUUUCCUUUUUGGCUUUACUCCCCCCCCCCUCCCACAUUGAUUAUUCUUCUUUGUAAUUCAUUAAAUUCAUUCCCUUGAGGACUCGCCCAUUGGAACGAGUUAACUGUGUACGAAUGUUAACCUGUGAAAGAGACACUAUGAUCCUUUUUUUCCCCUUUUUUGGAUGUAAGUUCAAUUUUAGACAGAAUAUGGAAACCGAAUAUGGAAAGUAGUCCACUGUAUUUUUUUUCUUCAAUAA